AGACAGGAAUAUCUUGUAUUUAUGAGACUGGACUGAACUAUGAGGAAGUUAUUUGCUGUGCUUGUGGAAUGCACUUCCUUCAAGCCUCAAAAAAAGAUGCAACCAGGACGUUGUUUCCUUCUUAUAGUUUUGGUAAAAGCUAGGACAUCCACUUGAAUCUUUCCACUUCCACGGAGUAGGACCUGCAGCAAAAAUGUCCCAGAAUGAUGUAGCUGGCACAAACCCCAUAAUGGUGGUUAUUUCUGAGGUGGACGAGUGGUCUUCUCUAAAAUCUCUGCUCCAGACAAGCUGCCAGAAUGAAGGUCAUCAGGUCACCUGCAGCUCUCUGGGGCCUAAGCAAGUCUGCAAUGUGACACUGGAGGAACAGAUGAUCAGUCUGCACUACGCAGAUUUAAAAGAAGACAUGUCAGAGGAAAGCCUCUGUCAGGCAGUGGAGACCUGCAUCAAACCCUGCACCAAUGGAAUCAGCUCGUUUCUGCUGUUAAUCCAAGGCGGAUGCUACACCAAGAAGGAAAGAAGGCUGCUGGAGAUCCUGCAGGCGCACCUGGGAGCUCAGAUUUUAAAGUACCUGGUGAUUCUGUCAGCAGAGGAUGAAGAAGUAGUGAACACGCUGGAUGACGGCCUGCUGGAUUUGAUCAACGAGUGUGACGGCCGAUACUGCCGCAUCACAUCAUCAAGUGUGACCGGAGGUCUGCACGCUUUAGUAGAGAUGGUCAACAACGCACUGAGUGAAAGCGGUGGGGGCUACACUGAAGCCAUGCUGGCUGAGGCAAAAAGACGCUGCACAGAGGACCUGGCCAUGCAGUUGCUCAAACAAAAAGUGGAGGAGGCAGAAAGCAGAGAGCAGGCCUUCAGAGAGAAGGUUCAGAUGCAGGAGAAUCGCCGAGCCAAAGAGACGGAGGAGCUAAAGGCGAAGCAUGCAGAGGAACGGAAGAAGGAAGCAGCUGAAAGGAAGAAAUAUGAGGAAAAGAGAGAGGGUCUUCAGGAGGCGGUGAUCAGCCACAGAACCUCACUGCAGCUCCAAAUGAGCACCCCAAGUGAUGAUGACUCAAAGGCAGCGUCUGUCGUCCUGUUGGGCCUCUCUGGCAGUGGGAAGUCAUCUGCUCUGAAUCUGAUUCUGAGCAGAGCAGGUAACCAGUACUCACUCAACGGGUCCACUCAUGAACAAACCCAUCCCACCCUGUCCUGUGAGAAGAAGGUUGUGUUUGCAGCAGGCAAGCCGCUCAUCCUGGUGGACACCCCUGAGCUGUGGGAUGAAGAUGGAGUGGAAAAUCUUGGGUUGCUGCAUGAUUGCCUGGCUUUGGCUUUACCUGGACCUCAUGUCUUCCUGCUGGUGCUGCAGGUCGGAGGUUUCACCCAGGGAGAGUACAACAUGCUUGGAUACAUGCAGAAGAUCUUUGGACGAGAGGUUGCAGAACAUUCCGUCAUCCUGUUCAUUUAUUCUGAUGAAAAUCAGUUCAAACCUCUGCGAGUCGACGACUAUGUUGCCGAAGCUCACACAAGCCUGCAGGAUCUCAUCAGGAAAUGUGGGAGUCGGUUCUACGGGCUGAACAUAAGCAACAAGCGCAGUGCUUUGAGCUAUCCGCAGGUCAGAGAGCUGCUUCAGGGAAUCCACAAGCUGGUUGCGUCACACGGAGGGCGGCCUUUCGCCAUGAAGAGAUUUUCUCCUCAGGAGCUUCAGGAAAGAAACAAAGUGCUUGUGGACAAGAGAGAAGACAUGUUGGAAUUGAACCACUUAUUGAGAAGGGAAUAGUUUCCCAUUGAAUUUCUAUAGAAGGCUUCUCAUCAGAACACAAGUUGGAUUUACAGAAAAAUUUGCCUCAUUUAAGUGCUGUGAUAUCUUAUUUGGACUUGAAGAUUAGGACUAAAGAUGUUAAGUGAGACUCAUUGUAAUACCUUUUUUGUCCGUACUGGGUGACACAGAGUUGUAGUACUUGCAGUCUUGACUUACAGUAAGAACAAAUCUCAGCUGGGACAUUUCUGUGUGGGUUUUCUUUGGCUUCCACUCGCAGUCCAAAAACCUGCUACAAAGGUCAAUUGGUGGAUCUAAAGUGCCACUAGGGUUGAAUGUGUUUGUGUGUGUGCUGUGUGGCCUUGGGAAUGACUGGCAACUGGUCCAGUGUGAAUCCCACUUUCAGCCAACAGUUGUGGGGGGUCCAACAGUUGCCGGGACGGGCUCCAGCAUCCCCAUGCGGGUUCUGAGGAUAGAUGGAUCUGAAACAUUAUGGCUGAUUAACGCGAUUAAAGAGGUGUUCCGAUCCUUUCUCAUGUUGGUUUAGAAAAGAGCUGCCUGAAACGGGAAUUGAACUCACAUCAAUGCACACAUCAAUGGAAACAUUUUGGGGUUUGUUUCAUGACUCUGCCAUCAUUUCUCAUGACCUAACAUGUAUAUUUCCUGACACAAUAAAUACUUUUACUUAGUGGAAAACUCU